AUGACUUCUGCAACGUCACCGAUCAUUUUAAAAUGGGACCCCAAAAGUUUGGAAAUCAGGACACUCACAGUGGAGCGGUUGUUGGAACCUCUUGUUACACAGGUGACGACCCUUGUGAAUACAAGCAACAAAGGGCCCUCGAGUAAAAAGAAAGGCCGAUCAAAGAAGGCUCAUGUACUGGCGGCUUCCGUUGAACAAGCGACGCAAAACUUCUUGGAGAAAGGAGAGCAGAUUGCGAAGGAGAGCCAUGACCUGAAAGACGAGCUGGUGGCUGCUGUGGAGGAUGUGCGCAAGCAAGGUGAAACCAUGCGAAUUGCGUCAUCUGAAUUUGCAGACGACCCGUGUUCCUCCGUGAAGCGUGGCACGAUGGUACGGGCAGCCCGGGCACUGCUUUCCGCCGUCACUCGCUUGCUCAUCCUGGCCGACAUGGCAGACGUCAUGAGGCUUUUGUCUCACCUGAAAAUUGUAGAAGAAGCAUUAGAAGCCGUGAAGAAUGCCACGAACGAGCAAGACCUUGCGAACCGUUUCAAAGAAUUUGGCAAAGAGAUGGUGAAACUGAACUAUGUAGCUGCUAGAAGGCAACAGGAACUAAAAGACCCCCACUGCAGGGACGAAAUGGCUGCCGCGCGUGGGGCCCUGAAGAAGAACGCCACGAUGCUGUACACGGCUUCUCAGGCAUUCCUCCGCCAUCCCGAUGUAGCGGCCACGAGGGCCAACAGGGAUUACGUCUUCAAGCAGGUCCAAGAAGCCAUCGCCGGCAUCUCGAAUGCUGCUCAGGCCACGUCGCCCACGGAUGAGAACAAGGGGCACACGGGAAUCGGGGAGCUCGCUGCAGCGCUGAACGAGUUUGACAACAAGAUCAUCUUAGAUCCCAUGACAUUCAGUGAGGCUAGAUUCCGACCGUCCCUUGAAGAGAGGCUGGAGAGCAUCAUCAGCGGUGCGGCGCUCAUGGCGGACUCAUCCUGCACUCGCGAUGACCGGCGGGAAAGAAUCGUGGCGGAGUGCAAUGCCGUACGACAAGCCCUGCAGGACUUGCUUAGUGAAUACAUGAAUAAUGUAAGGUAUCCAUCCUGGAAUUCUGAAAGAACCCAAACUGGAAGGAAAGAGAAAGGUGACCCCCUGAAUAUAGCGAUUGACAAGAUGACCAAGAAAACGAGAGAUCUGCGAAGACAGCUCCGGAAAGCAGUGAUGGAUCAUAUAUCUGACUCUUUCCUCGAGACCAAUGUUCCGCUACUGGUUCUCAUCGAAGCAGCCAAGAGCGGUAAUGAGAAAGAAGUGAAGGAGUAUGCGCAGGUUUUCCGUGAACAUGCCAACAAGUUAGUGGAGGUUGCCAAUUUGGCUUGUUCCAUUUCCAAUAACGAAGAAGGUGUAAAAUUGGUCCGUAUGGCAGCAACGCAGAUUGAUAGUCUCUGCCCACAGGUAAUAAACGCAGCGCUCACACUGGCGGCCCGGCCCCAAAGCAAGGUGGCUCAGGACAACAUGGAUGUCUUCAAAGACCAGUGGGAGAAGCAGGUGCGGGUGCUCACCGAAGCUGUCGAUGACAUCACAUCUGUGGACGACUUCCUCUCCGUCUCAGAAAACCAUAUUCUGGAGGACGUCAAUAAAUGUGUGAUUGCCCUGCAAGAGGGAGAUGUGGACACGUUGGACAGAACGGCAGGAGCAAUUCGAGGUCGUGCUGCCCGGGUCAUCCAUAUCAUUAAUGCCGAGAUGGAAAACUAUGAAGCUGGUGUUUACACAGAGAAAGUAUUAGAAGCGACAAAGUUGCUUUCUGAAACAGUUAUGCCACGUUUUGCCGAACAAGUUGAAGUUGCCAUUGAAGCACUGAGUGCCAACGUCCCACAACCGUUUGAAGAGAAUGAAUUCAUAGAUGCCUCCCGCCUGGUUUAUGAUGGAGUUCGUGACAUCAGGAAAGCUGUUCUGAUGAUAAGGACUCCUGAAGAGCUGGAGGACGAUUCCGACUUUGAGCAGGAAGAUUAUGAUGUUCGCAGCCGGACGAGUGUUCAGACUGAAGACGAUCAGCUUAUAGCUGGGCAGAGUGCAAGGGCUAUAAUGGCUCAGCUUCCCCAGGAGGAGAAAGCUAAAAUAGCAGAACAAGUGGAAAUAUUCCACCAGGAAAAGAGCAAACUGGAUGCAGAAGUGGCCAAGUGGGAUGACAGUGGCAAUGAUAUCAUAGUCCUGGCCAAGCAAAUGUGCAUGAUCAUGAUGGAGAUGACAGACUUCACGAGGGGGAAGGGACCGUUAAAAAAUACGUCCGAUGUCAUUAAUGCUGCUAAGAAGAUUGCAGAAGCUGGUUCAAGAAUGGACAAAUUAGCCCGUGCCGUGGCUGAUCAGUGCCCUGAUUCAGCCUGCAAGCAGGACCUGUUAGCGUACCUUCAGCGUAUUGCACUGUACUGCCACCAGCUUAAUAUCUGUAGCAAGGUGAAGGCAGAAGUCCAGAACUUGGGAGGAGAACUUAUUGUCUCAGGGACUGGAGUUCAGAGCACUUUCACUACCUUUUAUGAGGUAGAGUGUGAUGUCAUAGAUGGGGUCAGGGCUAGUCCACUUUCUACCCACCUACCCACCUGUGCUGAGGGAGCUACACUUGCCAACGGAGGUGGUGACUCUUCCAUGCUGGAUAGCGCCACAUCCCUCAUCCAAGCUGCUAAGAAUCUGAUGAAUGCUGUAGUUCUCACCGUCAAAGCGUCAUAUGUGGCGUCGACCAAAUAUCAAAAGGUCUAUGGUACGGCAGCGGUCAACUCACCUGUUGUGUCUUGGAAGAUGAAGGCACCAGAAAAGAAACCAUUAGUCAAGAGAGAAAAACCAGAGGAAUAUCAAACAAGAGUGAGAAGAGGUUCUCAGAAGAAACACAUUUCUCCCGUACAAGCCCUAAGUGAAUUUAAAGCGAUGGAUUCCUUCUAAUUCACUAGGCUUCACUACAAGGGUUUUUUUUUUUUUAAUUUCCUUUCUUGUUUUUGUAUGCGUACCUGCCGGCUUGUAUGUGUCCGGCAUGGAAACAGAUAACGAAACAGUGUCAAUUUGCAUGCAAACAGACUUUAUUGGAGUCAUUAAGCGAUCCACAAUUUCCCUUCCCAGAGGACACAGGGUGUCUCUUCCACUGACCUUUUUUCCCACAAUAGCAAAAUGAAAUCCUUCCCUACCCCUGCAAGAAAAAGAAAAUGUAUGGUAAAGCUGGGGUAUGGGAAAGGGAGAUAGUCAGCUCUGAAGGAUGGGAAGUAAAUCCUUAAUGCAUGCAAGAAACAUUAGGUUGGCGAGACUAUUUAUGGGGGAAACCAGGACCUUGCAAUGGCAGCCCAUAAUGGCUUGUAUUGCUUUUGUUACAGUGCAAUCAUGUAACUAGCCAAUAUGCUUGAACCCGUGGCCCUGAUAAUGAGACAAUUAAACUUUGGGUCAUCUUCAUUAUGGUAUGUGAAUUUUUAACAAAGAUGGUGAUAAAAGAAAAUUAACACACUUAACCCACACUUCCUUCUUUUGUUUCUAGUAGUGUUAUGACAAUGCUUCUGUUUCGACAAUUCCCACUUGACAUGAGCAGAGUUUCUCUCUUGCGUGCUCUCUCUAUUUCUCUCUUUCUCAUUUGAAAUUGUUUUCCUUUUGCCAAUUGAAUUUCUUCUGGUGGAGUAUGAAGCACAACAUGGUGGUUGACAUUGCCUUUUGUAUUAUUAUGAUUAUAUUAUUAUUCAUAUUAUUAGACAUAGAAAAACUGGUGAUGGAAUGUGUAGAGCCGUGAGAACUGACACGUGUGAGAAUUUAGAGGCAGAUACGUAGGCGUGGCUUUGGAUUACAAGGUA